ACAGAAUGGUCCUCGACUGAGCAAUAGCAAAUUCAAUGUCUUCAGCUGCAUCGAGCAUCUCUGUAGUAGCUUCGUCUUCUCUCCGAGCUAUGGCGGCUGAAAUCGUGAGAAGAAGUCUUAAAGCAUCACACUUUUCCUUCUUUAGAACCCUAACCUCUUUCCAAACUCGUAGUUUCAGUAACUUGGCAGCCUCUGUACAACCUGAAUCUGAUGGUCCAUCUUCAUCAUUCACUUUCUCCGCGGGCGAUGGAGAAUCCAAUUCUCAGAGGAAAACAGAAACCGAUGAUAAUAUCUUCAUAAAGGGUCCCAAGAAGGAUUCUUCGUCAAAAGAAGCGGAAUCUGUGACGAUGCCUAUGUCCUUCAUGACUGGAUCAAUUGUGGGCAAGAGGUUUUAUCAGAAAGUGACGACUAGAGAGGCUGAAGAUGGGAAUGGUUGGAGUGUUAUGCUUGAUUACCGUACACUUAAAACCCCUUCUAAGCGCCCUCUCAAAUGCCCCACUCUUGCUCUUGCUAAGGCUAUUGCUGCUGAAUGGGAAUACCAGGAAGCAGAUGGGAUCAGGCCCUUUACUAUGCCAUUAAUGAAACUUUCAUGUACUGCACUAGAAAGAGUUCCACUGACGCGUCACAAGAUAAUUGAACAUUUGAUGAAGAAAUUCCCUCAAGAUUUAGUAUUCUGUCGUGCUCCAGGGGAUAAUGAUCUGACAAGCGGAGUUCUCGAGCGUCAAGUGGAGAAAAUUGAUCCUCUUCUUAAGUGGGUAGAGUCAGAAUUUGGCUUCAAACCCACUGUGCACACCAGUUUUUUUGGUGGCAAGCAAGAUGGCGGUCUUGUUAGUGCGAUUGAAAGCAUUCUCAAGAAAACAGAUAAUUGUGAACUGGCAACAAUUGAUGCAAUUGCUUCAGCUGCACAUUCGUUAGUCAUUGCACUUGGAAUUUUCCGUGGUAGAUUGGGGAUUGAGGAGGCUAUUGAGUUGAUUAGGCUUGAGGAAGAUUUGCAGGUUGACAGUUGGGGUCUUGUCGAAGGCGGUCAUGAUGUUGAUAUUGCAGAUUUAAGAGUUCAGAUUGCUUCUGCUGUGGUGUUCCUUGGACUUACAAGGAGGGUAUAAAUUUGGUAAUUGUUUAGUGAGUUUUACAUUCUUGUGUAUCUUUAGUACAUUAGCUCAGUACCCAUAGGCUAUAGCAUAUCUUAUAAACCCAAAAAGUUGAAGUCAACAUGUGGGUGAGUUACAUUAAACUUACUGCUUUCACAAGUACGAAAGAUGCUAUCUGGGGAUAAACCAGAUAACGAUGAAUAAUGAGCCUAUUUUUCUGAAAUUGAAUACACUUCUUUGAACGUAGCCCUUCAAUUUUGAGAAGCGGGAUGUAGUUCUGAAAGUCUUGUAUCUCUUUUUUUUGUGCUUUUAGGAGCAGCGAGAUAGCCAAAUGCCUUUUUUAUUUUUAA